UUGUUCACCGCUUCUGGCUCGGUGAAAGCACGGAGCGCCUCCACGAGCUUCCCCACAAACCGCUCGCCACACUCCCAGUGAGCACGGCUAACCUUCCCCCUCAAGCGAACUCUGGAUUCCGCUCCGCUCCACGCUGUGUGCACCAUGGCAUCGAAAUCCCACCCUCCCCUUAUGAAGAAGCACAGUCAGACGGACCUGAUAAGCCGCCUAAAGAGCCGGAAGAUCCUCGGAGUCGGCGGCGAGGACGACGACGGGGAAGUGCACCGCUCUAAGAUUAGUCAGAUGCUCGGAAAUGAGUUGAAGUUUGCAGUGCGAGAGCCGAUUGGGCUGAGAGUUUGGAUACUCAUCUCGGCAGUGGGUUUCACAUUAAUGGCUCUAACGGCUCUGGUGUUUCCCAACCAGCUCUACGAGCUUGUUUUUGAGGAGGAGCUUUCCACAACGAGCAUCUCUGUUCGCCUUUAUGGCGCAGCCUUGCUCAGUAAGUAUCAAAAUGUCCUAAAUCGCAAGAAAGACGCAAAAGCCACCCGAGGUCCCAUCAUGCACGGCGACUGUACUUGCAUGGCUGAAUGCUUUCAUGUUGUUGGCACACAGUGUUUUACCAUUUAUUUAUACAAAUGCUAAAAAUAUACAGUAUACUGCUCAACUGCAUGUGGCGUCCUUCAAUAAUGGCUCCUAAUGCAUUCAUUCGAAGUCGCACACACUCCUCAUUCAGACAUGACAUAAAGAGCUCUCUUUCUGCUUCAAAAGUCUCUCCUUCAGGCUCCAAACAGAUGCUGUUUUAAUCUGAUACAGUUCAAUUCUCCAUGAAGGCACGCUAGGGCCACGGAGAGCGAUUCUCUGGAAUACUAACAGCUAAUGCUCCAAUCGCCUCUUGUUUCUGCGGCUUCAUAUGUCAAGUUUAAAUCUUGGGGGACCGUGGUGGGAGACGGCAGGACUGCGUCUCUGUGAGUGGUUCUGAAAGUCAGACAGAAGGAAACGCUCUCCAUUUGAUUUCAACUCUAGACUGAGUAAAUUGAGGUUUAUUUAUUUUUCGUUUCGGGUGUUCUGUGCCGAGUCCUUGACGGGCGACAGACAUUUGAUUAUAAAUAAGCCAGGUAAUUAUGCUUUGCUCUGCUAUUAGAGAGAAUGUGUUUUGGAGAUAGGCAGCAAUCAUUUUUAAUGGCCCUAAUUUGAGACAGGGCUGUCAGUCAGGCGAUUAAAAGGCUGUGAUGCCUCCAUAAAGAGUUUCACAAUGAUUAAAGGCCAGGUAGGGCGAGAGUGAGACGGGAAGAGAUGUGAGUAACAAAAGGCUGAGCAUAUAUUUGACAGCUAAGUUGUGACUUCUUCACGUUGAGGCUGAACCUUUGUCAGAACUCCUGUAUUGUCCUACCUUCGCUCUAAAGCCAUGACAGGACAUCCCCCGUACUGUAACAAUAUUUUUAGAUUAAAAAAAUAAAAUGCACCAUUGAGAAUUUUGUUGCUAGUUUCCAGUCUUGCGUUUUCGAAAAACUCGGACCUGCAGUUACCAAUUUUACUUAAUGUGCAAUCCUGUUUAUAGCAGGUAAUGAGAAAUGUCCAUCCGCAUGAUACAGCAGUAAUCAAAAAUUAAUGAGGAUUUUUCUUUUUUACACCGCAGACCUGCUUUGUUAUCAUGUUUCCUUUUUAAACAGUGUUUUUAACCUCUUUACUUGAUCAUGUUUUUUAGAUCCCCUCUAAGACUUUAAUUGUUUACUCGGUAACGGCCUCCAAGCUGAAGAACGUUGUCAGCGCAACAUGGUAGCGCUUAGAUAUGAGGCUGAUCAUAACAACGACACUUUUUUUAGUAUUUCUAUCAGAAAAGCAAAAUAAAAACAUCAAGAAAAUGUCUGAUUACUGUUUUGUUUUGGUAAGAUAAAACUAUAAACGCAGCACCGUGAUGCAACAUGCGAAUGAAUCAGCUUUGAGCUCCGUAAGGCCAGCCAGAGCCAGGC